AUGUGGUUCUCCCUGGUGUCGCUACCUUCCUUGGUAGCCUUCUCCUUGAUGAUGGAUGCCAUCUUGGCCAAACCAUUUGUCCACCUGGUCUACACUCACAACUCCACCUGCCUAGACUUCAAAGCCAUCCCGGCCUGCUUCGGCCCUCCACUCCCCCGCAAGGGCUUCAAGGGAUACCUGGUUGAGGCCGUGCCCGCCAACGCCUGCCUGCCCAUCGAGGCCCCUCCAGCCUCGGAUGGGUCUCAGACGGGUUUCAUUGCCCUCAUCCGUAGGUAUGACUGCCCCUUCGGUACCAAGGUCCUCCAUGCCCAACAAGCUGGGUAUCAGGGCGCCAUCAUCCACAACCUUUACUCUGAUCUGUUAGUGAGCAUGGCCAUUGAAAUCCAGAUGGUCCGGCGGCAGGUCUCUAUUCCUUCCCUCUUUGUUGGAGGCUCAGCUGCCAGGCUUUUGAAGAGACAAAUACGCGAGCGGAACGGUACCAAAAUCACCACUGUGGUGCCAAGAGGUUAUUACAAUCCCUGUGGAGACAACGUAGAGUUCUCCCUUUGGGACCCGGCGCGGCAUUAUUUACAAUUCUGGCCUGGUUACUGUACCCAGCAGAUGAUCCUCAAGUUCCUCCGAGAGUUUGGGUUCCUGAUCCUCCUCGGUGUGGGCUCUGGCAUCUUGGCCUUCAUCGGUUGGGUGAAAUGGAGGCAAAUGAAAAGUGGCAUCCGAGUGAAGACCUUCCGGAGUGGAGACCGGUAUGACUCAUGUGUCAUCUGCAUGGCCGAUUACGAAGUGGGAGACCGACUGAAGAUCCUCCCUUGCAGCCAUGCGUACCACAACACCUGCAUCAACACCUGGCUCCUGACCCAACCCAGGACGGAGAAGAGCUGCCCCAUCUGCAAGCAAAAGAUCAACACUGCAAUCUGA